GUGCUGUAUUGUAUUGUAUUUGCAUUCUGCUAAGGUACCGUUUGGCGUGACACAAUGUUUUUAUUUUGAGGUCAUUACAUUGCAUUGCACACGAUCCGAGCCGAUGCGCGGCCGAGCGACAUACGAACGUCACCCGAAACGGAGACAAGGGCGAUGUUGAAUAUCCUAGAAUUAGACAGCUGUCGUUUCAUUUUCAGCUGAUUUUUGUGUACGCUUCGAAGUGCAAUACUAACCCGUGCGACUCGUGCAAUUGUUAAGCUCGACGUUGCGUCAGUGGAAUUCGGUCGAGACAAAGAGUUUCUAUCGUGGGAACAAUCGAGAAACGCACAGGUGUGAACAAAGGGAGAUGCUGCAUUGAGCCCGUUCGGAGCUGUGGUGGGGUGCAGGGGCAGCGGGCGUGACGUCACGCCGCGACUUGGCCGAUGCGGCGGGGAUCGUGACCGGAGGCGCGCGUGCUCGCCGCGCAGCGGAGCGGGGCAGCCUGGCCUCCAGUGACUCCGGCGACGAGGGCCCCCGGCCGCCGCGCAAGCGGACCCGCAGGCUGUCGCCGCCCCGCGCCAUGCACCAGCCGUGCGCCAACGGCGCGCACCUCAACGGCGACGCAACGCGCAAUGGCGAUCCGCCGCCCGCGCGCCCGAUGGGCCAGACUGACCAGGAGAUCGUGCGCCUCAUCGGGCAGCACUUGCUCUCCGUUGGACUAGAGCGCAGCGCAUCGCUGCUGAUGGAGGAGUCGGGGCUACACCUGGAGCACCCGGCCGCCGCCACGUUCCGCCAGCACGUGCUGGCCGGCGACUGGGGCAAGGCGGACCACGACCUGCGCGCAUUGCACGACCUGCUGCGCGACUCGCCGCACGUCGACCCGCACAACCUGGCCGAGAUGAAGUUCGUGGUCCUGGAGCAGAAGUACCUGGAGCACCUGGAGGCGGGGCGCGUGCUGGACGCGCUUCACGUGCUGCGCAACGAGCUCACGCCGCUGCAGCACGACACGCCGCGCGUGCACCGCCUGUCCGCGCUCAUGAUGUGCGCCGACGCGGCCGAGCUGCGAGCGCGCGCGCACUGGCCGGGCGGCGCGCCCGCGCGCGCGGCCGUGCUGGCGCGCGUGCAGGCCGUGCUGCCGCCCGCGCUGAUGAUGGCGCCGGGGCGGCUGCGCGCGCUGCUGGCGCAGGCGGCGGCGCAGCAGGCGGCGCGCUGCCGCUUGCACGCCGCGCCGCCCGCCGCCGCCGACCACAUCCCCUUCUCGCUGCUGGCCGACCACCACUGCUCGCCCGACCACUUCCCCAUCCACUCGCUGCAGGUCCUCAACGAGCACUGCGACGAGGUAUGGUACUGCAAGUGGUCCCCGGACGGCUCCAAGCUGGCGUCGGGCUCCAAGGACAACACCGUCAUGAUCUGGGACUUUGACCCGGUCGCCAAGAGGCUGUCCUUCAGAAAGUCCCUCGACGGCCACUCGUACGGCGUGUCGUACUUGUCGUGGAGCCCCGACGGCCGGCACCUCAUAGCCGCGGGCCCCGAAGACUGCCCCGACCUCUGGAUAUGGAAUAUGGAGACGGAGCAACUGCACCUGAAGAUGACGCACUCGCAGGAGGACUCGCUGACGGCGGUGGCGUGGCACGCGGCCUCCGACAAGUUCGUGUGCGGCGGCGCGCGCGGACAGUUCUACCACUGCGCGCUCGACGGGACACUCAUCAACAACUGGGACGGAGUUCGCGUCAACGCGCUAGCAUGCCGAGGAGACGGCAAGGUGCUGGCGGCCGACACUCACCAUCGCGUGCGCGCAUACGACUUCUCGGAUCUCACCGACCGUAACCUCAUCCAGGAGGAGCACGCCGUCAUGGCCAUGACGCUCAACGCGGCCGACACGCUGCUGCUGCUCAACGUGGCCAACCAGGGCGUGCACCUGUGGGACAUCCGGGCGCGCACGCUGGUGCGGCGCUUCCGCGGCCUGUCGCAGGGCCACUUCACCAUCCACGCGUGCUUCGGCGGCGCGCACCAGGACUUCGUGGCGUCCGGCAGCGAGGACAACAAGGUGUACAUCUGGCACAUCGGCGGCGAGGAGCCCGUGGCCGUGGUGUCGGGCCACACGCGCUGCGUCAACGCCGUGGCGUGGAACCCGGCGCACCCCGACGUGCUGGUGUCCGCGUCCGACGACUACUCGCUGCGCCUGUGGGGGCCGCGCACGCACCACUCCUAGUGGCGCCGCCCGCCCGGCCUGCGCGUGCGCAACGUCACGUGGCGCGACGUGCUGGCCACCGCGCGCCCGCCGCCCGCCGCGCCCCCCCCCUAGCGCCCCCCACGUGGGUCGUGGUCGUAUUUAUCCAAACGCUCUUCAAUUGUUCACAAACAUUUCCGCCACUGCUAUUGGUUUCGUCGACUGAAAUGAAAAGGGACACAGUAGAUUCUGUAAUUUAAAAAAACUAACUGCCCCACUACGAAAAUAAACUUUUCAGCGCCUCCAGGUAGCUCCAGAAAUACAAGUUCUGAUUAUAUAAAUAUGUCUAAAAAUCGCAUUGAAAUCAUCCCAUAGAAUAAGUGCACCUCGGGCAUGACUUCAAAACGGUUUUUAGUUUUUCUUUGAAUUUGUAUCUUUCAUGUCCGCCAUUGGUUUCUUCAUGACGACGUUAUAAUGUCAGAUGACAAAACAUUUACACACGGCACGACACUACCUUGGAGCGAGCGCUCAUAAAUACACAUGAACUGAAAUAGUUUCCGACUGCUAAUAGCAAUACUAAGCAAAUACAAAUAGUAACUAUGUCGACCAUUGCACAAUAGGAAAUGUAGCAUUUUCUCAAAGAAACAUAUUUUGUUAUUUUUUUUCCGGAGUUGCCUUGCAAGGAUUGUUUUAAUGUGGAAACAUACCUACCAUUCGACGCGCCUUGAAUGUGUUCCCCUCUUAAUGCUUAUCGAGAGCAGAACAGUCGGUAAUGCCUAUUAUAUUAUGAGCUAAUCGCAUAUAAUAAUCGCUACUCUAGCAAACGCAAAAAAUGUUUGGCGUAUCUUAUGACGUCACGCGUACUGUCAGUACUGGAAAACAUUGGCAUUAGGUUCGCACGAACGCACGUAAAAUCACUGUACUAAUUUUGGACAUCGGGUUCUUGGAAUCGCGCUAACAAACGCAUCGAUCGCCCGCGCGACGAUCGCGCAAUCUUAUUUUGUUAGGACAUUUUAGACACAUUUUAUAAACAUAUAACCAUUAUUAUUGCAAUAAUCAUAAAUGUAUUUGUGAUCGAAUCAGGAUUGGCCACGGAUGCAAAGCGUCGGUACUUUUUUUACUGCCAGUUUUGUGUAAUGAACAGAAUGUGUGUUAUUAUUAUGGCUGUCUUUUAGUGAAUAUGGCUGUCUUAGAAAUCUGCAAAUUUCCUUGAAAAUAAAAUCGACAGAAAUUCCAGUUUUAGAGCUAAACGUUAAAAGUUAUCUAUGGAUUUUUUUGACUUUUGUGACAAUGUCCCAAAGUGAAUUUCAAUUGAAUCCUAACCUUACCUAACAUGUACGAUAUUGAGUCAAAGUGUGGGGUAACAUUUAUUUUUCAUAUACCGAUACGCUAUAUCAGAUGCCUUUGACAAUAAACAUAAGCAAUGCGAAGUGCCAUUUAAACAGUGCAAUAAUACAGAGUAAAUACAUAAUAUAAUUAUUAGAACUACAUGGAAAAUUAUUUGUAUUAAAAUUUUUUUUUACAAGAAGUAUUAUAUUAAGAGAGCAAACAUUGUCAGGACAGCCUUGUCAGCUCAACAGAAUAGGUGAUAUGACAAAGACAGUCUAGUAACGCGACUAUUAUGACAGGAAAGGUGCUUUUCCAUUGGUGCGCACGGACGGACGGUGCGGACCAUCCGUGGUGGGCCAUCUACUUCGUCUUUCAAUACGUGGUCAAUAAUUUCAUCAGGCACAAAUUGUGAUCCGGCAUAUAUUCAAGUGGCCAGCCCUAGUGGAUAUAUACUGUAUUGCUGUACCGCAGCUUUACAACGCCGUGAAUCGUAUUAUGUGAUAUAGUUCGGUGAUUCAUAUGCGCAAUAAAAUAAGUGUAUCUACAUGGCCAAUGCACCUAGUGCCCGCACACACGGGCGUGCGCAUAAAUGGAGAAGCGCCCUAAUAAUGAUCGUAGAGAAAAAUUGCAUAGCACGAUCGUUUGUCUUUCCAGACAGGCAUAGAAACACUGCCAAUUGACUUUACUUAUACAGAUAUUGCUCCUUAGCUGUUUAGUUCGUAUUAGACAUCGUAUCCUAUAAUGUGUGAAUUCUUAUUAUUGGGGUGUCUAAAUUUGGGAAUAUUAGUCGCAGGGGAGGGGGAGGUUAUUGCGUUAAACGUAAGUAAGAUUAAGUUAUGUAAUUAUCAAAAUUAAAGAACUGAGAUUGAACAUUAAUAUUAGUGGGUUAGGUACUGUAGUGGUUUGUAUGGUAAAGCGACACGAGGCACAUGACUUUUGCGACGCUCGUUAUCGUAAUCACGCGAAUAAAGCGCAUAUUCGCACAUGAGUGCAUUAACUAGUGAAAGUAAAUUAGUAACCGAGCCGCGACUCGACUGAAGUGUCAACAAAUGUCGCGACUUUGAAGCCACUUGGAAGUAUACGAAUCGCGACUUUGAAGUGUAUAAAUGUCGCCGAGUACACAGUUCUAAUAUUUUUUUUCGCGUUGUAGUUUAUAGAUAUAUUUGGGGCAGUUCGAAUAAGCCUAACUUAUGGUAUAGCCGGACGUAUCUGCGCUAAGAGUUCCGAGGAAAGAAUUGUACGGUCUUGCUCGUAUCAAGGCCAUUCGUACGGGUCAGUUUUUUUAAACGUUCCGCGAGUAUAAGGUAUUUUGAAUGGGAAGUCAAGGGUUUCAAUCCCUGGCAUGAACAAUUUGGAAAUUUAUUAUUCCUGAAUUUUCCUUUUUACGUUCCGUUCCAAUGUCGUGUUAAAACCGAUUAUGAGUAUGACAGGUGAGACAGUCAGGUUCGUCGACUGCAUCAUCACCAGAUGUGAUUGCAGGCCAGGUUUAACUCGUAAUGGUAUAAACAAAAAUAAACACUCCAUUUAUGAAAUACCUACCACUAGGACUUGUCCGCGACUUCAACCGCGUGGAAUUAUUUUCCAGAUAUUCAAAUAAUCCGGGAUAAAUUCCCGAUGGUCCAUUGAGAUCGUUGGCACACGCAAAGCCCGGAUUUGCAAAGACAAUGGAAGCUUGUGUAUGUAUGCCUUUCGUUUUCAAAAAGGGCAUCAAUUUUUCCCUCAAUAUUUGAUGGCUUUAAGAACUAAAUUAUGUAGAUGUUAUUUUUCUAAAUCAUAGCUUAAAAGAAAAUUUCGAAUUGAAUGUGAAACGCAAUACUAUGUUAAUAAAAAUUGUUAGAGUAGAUUAGUGCUUAAUAUUAGUUAGUACGGCGGCAGUGGACUCCCCUGCGCCGAGCUGGCUCCCGAAGAGACUAGCAGAAUAGUGGUUUAAGACUUUGAUUAAUAGAACUAACAUAGGUUAGCAUAGCGAUCGGCGGUAGUCUGUGGCCGCAUCGGACUAUAUUUUUGUACCGAUUCGAUUCCCUAGCACCGACCUUGUGAUUUGUUGAAGACAUUGAUCACUCCGACAGAGAUUCCUUAUCAGACAGACAGAAAGUUGGGGCAGAGUGUCGUCAUUGACAAAACGUAAUGGGGACUGAUGUAUAUGAGAAAUUGAAGGUCAGUCGGCAGAAUUGCUGCUUUGGCAUUACAAGUCGUCAAAGUUGGUGCUAGGGAAGCUGUACGCUUAAGCUUGGUACAGACAGAACGCGUCACCGCAGCCGCACCGCACGACGUCACACUAAUCGCGUGAAUGCAGGGACUGAUUCGUACUGUACAAAUAGUAGCGACGCCGCGGUGACGCUUCCUGUCUGUUCAAGGCUCUUGAAAGCGAUUCUGUGACAUUUUACGUUGUUAAAAGGGACAAGACUAUACAAAGGGUUAAUAAAACGUAAGUUCUCCGUAACGUCAAUUUCUCCUCGCGUAAAUCUUUAAGUUAGCGAACGUAGCAUCCGAGUUAACUACUUCGUUGGUCCAGUGGUUAUAUUCACCUAUGGAUCACGAGGUGCUGGUUUUGAUUCUCGGCUCGGGCCAAGAAUUGUAAUGUUUUGGUUUUUUUUUGUGAAAACUCUGAAAAGGGUGCCUAGCAGUGGCCCGUUAAUAGACUGAUGACGAUGAUGUAUGAAAUGACACCGGUAUGAUGUGACGUUUUUUAUCUACUUGAAAAUAUACGCUAUGGGAGCUAAAGAUAAAUUAAAAAUACUAAGAGUUAGCAAUAAGAGAUACAAAGCUAUUAGAGCUGCAUCUUAUGAAAUCAUUUGAACUGUUACUGUUAAUUCUUUAGUUGGUGAACUCAUGGUUUAUGGCUCUCAAAUAAUAAAGAAAAGGAACAAUUUAUCACUUGGCAGUUGUUCACUCAUGACUUCGGAAGGAUGUCUAGCGUAACAAAACGUUUAUUAACACAUUCUGCGUUAUGUGAUAAGUUAUAUGAAAUUAAGAUUGUUCUAAGAGUGUGGUUGAAAUUGACAAUCGAAAAUUACAUAGUUUUAUAGAACAUUUCUGUUUGACGUCAUGUAUUUCGAACAUUUCUUUCCGUUCGAACAAAAAGUCUCUUUAUAGAGACCUCACAAUACUAGUUUCACUAACGGUUGUUAUUGUUAAUUUUAAACACUAUUUAUAGUUUAGAUAACGUUUUAAAUUGUUCUGAGUGGUAUUUAUCGCAUUGAAAAAUUUAUAUAAACAGUUGAACUCACGGAAAGUUUGUGUCCCUGAAAAAAGCAAUAAAUAAAUAAAACUUCCAUGAGUUUAGCCGAUUGCGUUUCAUUGUGAUAUUUCAGUUCGGAAAACGUUUUAAAUUAACAGGUAACAGACUAAAGAGAAAAAGACAGACGGGCAUACAGACAGAUAACCCGACCAUUGAACUGUUCUUGUUGGCUUUUGUGACCCUCCACUGCUGGACAUGGAUCAUAUCAGAAAGCAUAGUACAAGAUUUGACUGACUUCGGGUAGUUUUGAUUAUCGAAAUAUUGUAACGCCAAACCAAAAUUAACCUUAUGAAUCUCGUUUUAGAGUCGCAAAUUCUGUAAUUCGGUUUUCCUAUCAGUCAAGAGCGCUUGCUGGUAAAUUAUGGACGAAUUUGAGCUCUAAAACAAGGCACAUACAUUCCAUUUUACUUUGACGUCAGAGAGUAGCGAUAGUCAAAACAGACCUUUCUUUAGGGAGCGUUAAAAAUCUACCAAGGGUACUGGGAGCGAAUGCCGAACUCGACGGUCUUGUGCGUUCGUGUCCAGGUAAACAGGGCAUUGUGGCUGGAUAGCAUUGCUAAAUUACCACUAAAGAUAUGAUCACAGUAGUUUAAAAUAAGCUAAACAAGUCAGUCGAAUAAAAUAGACCUUUUAAAGUCAUAAACUCUGUUUUUGGCAUCGUCAAUCCGUAGUACUGUUCAAUUUAUUGGUAUCACUGCCUUUUUGUCUCAAGUCUGUGCCACGGGUGAAGUAAUUUAAUGGCCCAUUGGUAAGGUUUCACACACACGAGGCGUCGUAGUCUACCACCAGUGAGCGACUUGCUGCAACAUUUGAAUAUCGUUUUAAACCAAAUUACCUUACUUUUUAAUUCAUUGCACUUGGCGUUGUUUCUGUAGGCGUAGGUUCGGAUACUUCCCAUGGCCUCGUGUGAUGCAAAUUCAAGUGUUGUACAAAAACAAGUACCCAAUUAUAAUUCCAGGAAAUGUGGGCAGUAUAUCUAUUUUUAUUCCAUCUUAUUUAUUUAAACACACAAUUAUUGAUUAAAGUAUCAUAGAAAUCUUAAUAGCAAAUGUCGUGCGUCGAAUUGAUACCAGAAAAACAUUAGUAACAGUUAGUGACUUGUAAUUUUUAAACUUCAUUGCCUCUUACGCUCUAAAACAACAAAUGUAUCACUCCUAGCGCAUAGUAUUUCCACUCCGAAUGUUUAAUGGUACGGCCGCUGGGAGCCAUAAUUGAGCGGCAAGUGUUCUAAGGUCUUGUUAUUAUGAUUUCCGUUGUUCCAACUUAUCAUUACUCAACUUAUUAGCCUGGGAUGAAAUGAGAAACGGCGCGUCGUGGCAAGUCGCUCAUGUAUUCACGUUUGUAACCGACCUCACCAGGUCAAUCAUGUACAUAUCUUGCUUCCCCGCUUCGCUCGGGCCGGCGGCCUUUUAACAUGACGUCGCCCUUGCUAUUGCCGUUUAUCGGAAAUGUGUGACGUUUUGUGUAAUAUGUUUUUUUUUAAAUAAUUGAAACGUGUUGUCCAGAACUAAUGUAUUGGUGAUACCCGAGUGGGACAAUAUGCUUGCUCUUCAUGAACUCCGGGAACUCUUGUUGUAUUGGACUAUUCCGACCCCUUAAUCUCUGUGACAAUGAAAUCUUUGCUUCCGCAUGAAAUGAGUCAGAGCGAUAAAAAGGCCCAUUUAUAUUCGCACAAAUUCUAAUAAUUUUAUUUUCAAGAUGAGAUUUUUUAACAAUAAAAAUUUAUUAAAACAUGUCCAUUGGUCCAUUUACCGAAUUUAUGAUCUGUGAUUUUAGAAUAUUUUAUCAUUAAAAAAAGUUAACUGUCUGUGUCUUUUGCCCCACAACAGAAAUAAGUAUGCCGUAGUGGUUACGUCGUAAUCGAACCUUAUGGUAUCUUUCACAUUUUAAAGACUAGUACUAAGGCGCCACAAUGGUGGUUUCUCUGUACGCGAUCAAUUUAUAAACCCUAGCACAAGACUAUGCUUAGUUAGAGAGGGAAAGGGGGUAGUUUUUGGUUACAUUACUUACUAAUAGUAUGAAAUAAACAUAAUAUGUAGUUUUUAUAACGUGAAGGAGCUCUAAAACUGGUGAUAAUAAUAGUAAUGUGUAAAGUCUUAACGUCCCGGAGUUCACCUCGUACCAAAUAUAAGGCAAUAGUCGUGCGAGUGUUGUGUGUGUGUAGAAGUACAAAGAGCGAUCGAUAUUCAUGGGCGUUCUAUUUAUUUGGGGCAGUUGGGACCCAUCGCUGACCCAAGGAGAUACAGAUCAACAACCGGGGAAGACCUUUGCGAACGUGCGUAUUAAAAUUUAUUGAAAAAUUGAAGAGGUCGAUGAAUCUACUACAAACUUUCAAUUAUCUUUGAAACAAAGGUUACCGGUGUUUUCCUGCGCCAUCUUGCGGUCUGCGCUUUGCCCUCAUUUAUCGCAAACAAACAGGACGCCCGAUAUACAUAGACUAUAAAUAAAUAAUAAUAUAAAGAUAGAUAGGUAGAUAUAGAGGUGGCGAGCAAGCUCGAUUGUUAUACAUAGAUAAUGAUUAUAUAUCAAUAAAUUUUUUAUCAUACA